AUGACUUGCGGAUCUUACUGUGCCGGCCGCGCCUUCAGCUGCGCCUCGGCCUGCGGGCCCCGGCCCGGCCGCUGCUGCAUCACCGCCGCCCCCUACCGCGGCGUCGCCUGCUACCGCGGCCUCAGCCAGGGCUUCGGCAGCCGCAGCCUCUGCGGCGGAGGCUUCCGCGCUGGCUCCUGCGGCCGCAGCUUCGGCUACCGCUCGGGCGGCGUGUGCGGGCCCAGCGCCCCCUGCAUCACCACCGUGUCGGUCAAUGAGAGCCUCCUGACGCCCCUCAACCUGGAGAUCGACCCCAACGCGCAGUGCGUGAAGCACGAGGAGAAGGAGCAGAUCAAGUGUCUCAACAGCAAGUUCGCCGCCUUCAUCGACAAGGUGCGCUUCCUGGAGCAGCAGAACAAGCUGCUGGAGACCAAGCUGCAGUUCUUCCAGAACCGCAAGUGCUGCGAGAGCAACCUGGAGCCGCUGUUUGAGGGCUACAUCGAGACGCUGCGGCGGGAGGCCGAGUGCGUGGAGGCCGACAGCGGGCGGCUGUCGUCGGAGCUCAACCACGUGCAGGAGGUGCUGGAGGGCUACAAGAAGAAGUACGAGGAGGAAGUUUCCCUGAGAGCCACAGCUGAGAAUGAGUUUGUGGCCCUGAAGAAGGACGUGGACUGCGCCUACCUGCGCCGCUCAGACCUGGAGGCCAACGUGGAGGCGCUGACGGAGGAGAUCGACUUCCUGCGGCAGCUGUACGAGGAGGAGAUCCGCGUGCUGCACGCCCACAUCUCUGACACCUCGGUCGUGGUCAAGAUGGACAACAGCCGGGACCUGAACAUGGACUGCGUCAUUGCUGAGAUCAAGGCUCAGUACGACGACAUCGCCACCCGCAGCCGGGCUGAGGCCGAGUCCUGGUACCGCAGCAAGUGCGAGGAGAUGAAGGCCACGGUGAUCCGGCACGGGGAGACCCUGCGCCGCACCAAGGAGGAGAUCAACGAGCUGAACCGCGUGAUCCAGAGGCUGACGGCCGAGGUGGAGAACGCCAAGUGCCAGAACACCAAGCUGGAGGCGGCUGUGACGCAGUCUGAGCAGCAGGGCGAGGCGGCCCUGAGCGACGCCCGCUGCAAGCUGGCGGGGCUGGAGGAGGCCCUGCAGAAGGCCAAGCAGGACAUGGCAUGCCUGCUCAAGGAGUACCAGGAGGUGAUGAACUCCAAGCUGGGCCUGGACAUCGAGAUCGCCACCUACCGCCGCCUGCUGGAGGGCGAGGAGCAGAGGCUGUGCGAGGGUGUCAGCUCCGUGAAUGUCUGCGUCAGCAGCUCCCGCGGUGGCGUCGUCUGUGGCGAUCUCUGCGCCACCGGUACUGCCCCUGCUGUCAACACGCGCGUCUGUAGCGCCCCCUGCAGCGGCAACGUGGUGGUGGGGACCCCCAACGCCUGCGCCCCCUGCGCCGCCAGCAGCACCUGUGGCAGCAUUUGUAAGAAGUGCUAGGGGGCUGCAGCGUCCCCGAGUCGCCUCCGCCUGGCCAGGACCUUGUGCACCCGGAACGCGCCGUCCGCCUCGCCAGGGAGCCGUGGGGCGGCGCCUCGCUGUCUUUCCUCGCCUUUCCCUGUAGUCGGUUUGCUGUCCCACGAUCUCACCCUUCUCUCCCGCCUUCUGUUUUUCGCGCGAUUCAUUGGUCCUGCCCGACACCACCCCCCAAGCUUGGAGGAGCCGUGCGGGCCCUGGCAUCUCGCGGCCCGUGCGUCCUGCAGCUUAUGCCCGCGGCGGGGAGGUGCGGGCUGCGCUGUGCUGCCGGUGUCCCUGUAGUUCGGCGAGGGGCGCGGCGGUGGGGUGGGGGAGCAUGCUCCCUCUUCCAGGGCUGUCUGCAGAAGCUUCUGAAAGGCCAAUGGCU